ACAAGAUUGUGAUUGGUAGCAACGUCCAUUCUACGUAAGUUAGUGGCGUAGGUCGCUCGCUAAUUGUGUUCAGUUUAUGUUGUGUAUUUGGCGGAACGGAACACUUGACAUGACAUUUUAAACCCUGGACCUACAAUCUAAACGACUGGAUGAGUGGGCCAAAUUUUACCCCACCUCCAGAGGUGGCUGAGAUAAACCGCAUCCUUUAUGAGUUGGAGUAUACAGAGGGCAUCAGUCAACGCAUGCGAAUACCAGAGACCCUCCAGGUGGCCCUGGAUAGUGGGACGGGGCCCAUUCUGGCUCAGCCACCUCUGCCGCGUCACACAACUCUAAUGCAGGUUCCUGAAAGAAUUGUUGUUGCAGGUGAUGGAGAGUCGAGAUUUGUUCAACCUAGAGACUUGGAUCUAAUUCAGUCAGUUCCAUCGGUGGAUCUCCUAAACAUGAAGGCCCCACCACGCGUGCUCACCCUUACAGAACAGCCUCUGGACUCUCUUGAAACAGACCAAACUGCCAACUCACAGAAAAACCCCAGCCAAGCUGCAAGUACCAUCGCUAGUUAUAGCACCCGAUCCCGGAGGGAACGCCCUGCAAGUGAGAACAUACCUGGUCGUCACAGCGGACACAUCAGCAGGGUUGAUGUAAGUGUAACCCCCUCCCCUUCCGCACCCCCAGUCCGCUUGUGUCCCCCUCUCUGUUCUCCAGAAGACGCAAACAUCAAUCUGUUUACAGCUGCAGGGUUCCUGUCUUACAUUCAGUCAACAACACGCCGUGCAUACCAGCAAGUCCUCGAACUAUUGGAUGACAGCCACCGGAGAACCUAUUUGGACUUGGCUCUGGAUAUGAACCCUGAUGAAUCUGGCUUAGUUGAUGCUUCAUCAUUGCGCCGUCAGAUUGUGAAACUCAACAGGCGUCUGCAGCUGCUGGAGGAAGAAAACAAAGAACGCUCCAAACGGGAGGUCAUCCUGUAUUCAGCCACGGUGGCUUUCUGGCUCAUUAACACAUGGAUCUGGCUACGUCGCUAACCUGGGAUAUAGCCUGAGUCCCCAAAACUCUGGAAACCAAAGUAAAUCCUUGUUCAGUCAACAUCGGCCUCUUCUGACAUUCCAUAGUAAUCAAAGAAAACUUCUACAAAUUAUAGAUUUGAUGUGAUUACAGAUUUCAAGUUUAUCUCUAAGGGAAUAUCUGGAUCAAUAAAGCCUGAUGUUGUGUAGUCUACAGUGCGUGCAGACAGUUUAUGGUAGAGCCUUGUUCCAGAAUGGAUUCAAUUCUUUUUUUUCCCUCUAAACUCAAACUUGCUGGGCCUUUUCAGGACAUUUACAACGUUGUCCUCAAACUGCUUCUUUAAUAUCUUAGCUGUGUGCUUUGGGUCAUGGUGCUUCUGAAAGAAGAAUUAUCCCCUUAGUCAGCGCCAGAAGUGCUCUGGAGCAGUGUUUGUGCAUUGCUGCUUUCAUCUUUCCCUCUGUCCGGACUAGUCUCCUAGUUCCUGCUGCUGAAAAACAUCCCCAUAGCAUGAUGCUGCCACCACUAUGCUUAUGUGAUACUGGCCUUUUGAGCAGUGCCUGGUUUUCUCCAAACAUGAAUUCAUGCUAACAAUUUCAACCUUUGUCUCAUCAGACCAGAGAAUGUGAUUUAUCAUGGUCUGAUAGUGCUUCCGGUUUUGGUAAACUCCAGGCAGAUUUACAUGUGCUUUUCACUAUGCAGGGGCCUCCGUCUGUAUGGCCACUCUAUCAUACAGGCCUGAUUGUUGAAUUGCUUAGAUAGUUGUCCUUCCAGAAGCUUCUCCGCUCUUCACAGACCAGCGGUGGUGACAGCAAGCAGCGGGCUCUUGGUCACCUCCCUGAUUAAGGCCAAUCUCUCCCCAGGCUCAGUUUAACUGGCUAGCCAGCUCUUGGAAGAGUCCUUGUGGUUUCAAACUUUUUCCAUUUAUGGAUGGUGGAGGCAAAUGUGCUCAUUUGGAUCUUUUUUUAAAGCAGCAGAAAUGUUUCUGUACCCUUCCUCAGAUUUGUGGCUUAACCCCAUGUUUGUUUGUCUUCGUGCUUGGUUUGUGCUCUGACAUGCACUGUCAACUGUGGGACCUCAUAUAGACAAGUGUGUUCUUGACCAAAUCCUGUCCAAUUGGCUGAAUAUACCACAGGAGGACAUGGCAAAGGCUGUGAAUACUUAUUUACAUGUGGUUUCUUCGUUUUUAAAUGUUUUAUGUUUGCAAAAAAUUUAUUUAUGGGAAGAUGGGGGUUAAGUUUUGAGGGAAAAAUGAAUUAAAUCCAUUUUGUAAUAAGGCUGUGCCAUAAAAUGUCAAAAGUGCUGUGAAUACUUUCCGGAUGCUGUUUGCAGUUGUGUUCAAAAUAAAAGCAGUGUGUCUAACGUGAGUAAAGGUCAAAAUCCUCAGAAUAGUUUUUAUUUCCAUGCAUUGGGGACACAGCAGACAAUAUUCUAAAUCAAACCAUGAAAAAAAUUUGUCAGUCUUUUACUCCCAUUACAGAAAAUAAAGAAAAAUGAACUUUGGGCUGUUCAGUAAAAUAGCAUCUGCAUUUUUCUUUACAAACUCAAAUAUUUACUGUAUAAACAGAAAAGUCCUUGGGAUUUAUCAUUCCUGUGAAUAACUUGACUAAUAAUUAGAUAUAUAACCACUGUUUCUGAGAACUGCUUUAUAUCUGGGUUGCACGGAGACGACCCGGUUCUGGCAUCUGUGAACAGGUAUUCUAGCCCAGGAUGAUAUGACAGCAUUUCACAACUUCACUGGAUUUCGUGGUUUUGACUCAGAAGCAGCAUUUUGGAUGUUACUCCACAGACUUUCAAUCAGAUUAAUGUUCAGGAACUGGGAUGGCCACUCCAGAACUUUGAUUUUGUUGGUCUAGAACCAAGAUGCUGCUUGCUUACUGUAGGUUUUGGGGUCGUCAUCUUGUGAAAAUACCCAUUUUCUUAGGCAUAAAGCAACAUGACCUCUUCAAGUAUUCUGGUAUUCAGUAUGCCAACUGAUCCAUGAUCCCUUGUAUGUGAUAAACAGGACCGACACCAUAGUAAGAGAAACAUCCCCAUAUCAUGAUGCUUGAACUACCAUGCUUCACUGCCUUCAGAGUGGAUUGUGGCUUCACUUCAGUGUUUGGGGGUCAUCUGACAAACUCUGCGGCUCUUGGACCCAGAAAAUGAUCUUACUUUUAUCAGUCCACAAAAUGUUCCUCCAUUUCUUUUUAUGUCAGUUGAUGUGUUCUUUGGCAGGUUGUAUCCUCUCCAGCACGUGCAUGUCUUUUUUUUGGGGGGGGGGGGACAGUGGGACUUUCUUCUUGCUGUUAGAUUAGCUUCAAAUAGGCAUCUUCUAAUUGUCACAUCGUUAACAUCAGACCUUUGAUCACCCUGGAGCUGAUCAUUGGCCGAGUCUUUGCCAUUCUGGCUAUUAUUCCAUCAAUUCUAAUGGUAGUCUUUUAUCGUCCAAGGCUCUGGUUUUGCUCUCCAUUAUUAAGCUUUGAAGAUUAUUUUAGCAGAGCAGCCAAUUAUUUUCUACAUUUUUUUGUAUACGUUUUUGCCUCUCCAAUCAACGUCCCAAUCAAAGUACGCUGUUCUUCUGAACAAUGCCUGGAAAGACCCAUUUUUGUCAGGUGUUCAGAGAGAAAUACAUGUACAUGUGGUGUCAUCUUUUUCAUAGGAAUACCUGAUGAUUGUUUCUUCACAGAAUGAAUGACCUCAAUAAUUGAAUUCCACGUUGCUAUUAUUUUGAACACGCCUCAUUCAAUCAAUUAUUGAAUUACAGACCUAGGAGCAUGCAUGUAAUGAAUGCUGGUUCUGUUGGUUUUCUAUGACUCUACUACGCCUCCUAGUAAAUAAUUUGCCAUGUGGUGAUAUGAUUUCUACCAUAAACUUUUUGAUCUGGUUGCACCGUUAUUAUUUUAAACACAACUGUAUAUUCAAUGUUACUCAGUUUCACACUAACUAUUAUCCACAAAAUAAAAGCCUGUACAGUGA